AUGGUUUCGAACGAGUCGAAUCUCAUAUCUUUUAGAUAUAUGAAAUUAUUUCAAGGACGCUCCUACUGUAACCCAAGAGAAACCCUAACCAUAUUUACCCGCGACGUGGCAUGUGAACAAGUCGACAUAUUCAUCCUCACCUACACCCCAGGGUGA